UUGUAAAGAUCGGUCGGGUUAUUGUUUGGGUUGAAGUGGGUUCGAAAUUUAAGUAAAUUUUAAUUUAAAUAAAUAAUUAAUUAAAAUGCGUGUGAUAAUAAGUAUAGUCGCGGUGGCGCUGUGCGUGGCUGGCACGAAUUCGGGGACUUUGCCCGCCUUCCUAAAGGCCUGCUCCGCAUCAGACAGCAAGCUCGACCAGUGCAUAGAGAAGGUCAUCGAGGUCGGCGGGCCCAAGUUCACGGAUGGCAUCCCAGCGCUGGGCAUCGCGCCCCUGGACCCCCUCAAACUGGGGACGGUGGUCGUCAACAACCCUGCGCUGAAGCUGACCUUCCAAGAUACGGUGGUGACCGGACUCAAAGGAUUUAGGGUUAAUUCUUACAAGAUGAACAGCGCCAAGAACAAGGCGACGUUUGACUUCACGGCCAACGUGACGCUGAAGGCGCACUACGAAAUCGACGGCCAGGUUAUCAUCCUGCCCAUCAGGGGAAACGGCCCUGCCAAGAUCAAGAUCACGAACCUGAACAUCGUGAUCAAGUACGACUUCGACACUCGCGACGGGCACUGGGUGGUCACCAGCUACAAGGACAGCUACAAGAUGGACCGCGCGCAGUUCAAAUUCAGCAACCUCUUCGGAGGCAACAAGGAACUUGCGGAGACCACCCACAGGUUCACCAACGAGAACUGGGAGAUCAUAAUGCAGGAGAUCGCGCCUCCCGCCAUCGAGGGCAUCAUCAAGAGCUGUGUGGCCGUCGUCAACUCCUUCUUCGGCGCUGUACCAGCUGCCGACCUGCUGCUGCCUUGAAUGGUUGGAACUUGAAAGUCUUGAAACC